AUGAGUGGUUUUGGUUAUGGUACUUUUACAAGGACAUGUAAAAAUGGAUACACUGGAGAAAGUUGUCGACACAAAUGCCCGUACCCACAUUUUGGCUUAUUCUGCCAUGACAAAUGUGAUUGUAUUAAACCCUUUUGCAAUCAUAUAUAUGGAUGUAAAAAAUCGACUACAAAUUGUCCUGUUGGCUUUACUGGAAAAUACUGUGAAAAGCAGUGUUCUUAUCCACACUACGGUAUUGGCUGCCAACAAAGCUGUUCAUGUUCAAAACCACGCUGUAAUGCUUCUACAGGCUGCCAAUUCAGCAUGACAGUAACAAAGAAAAACUCAUACAAGAUGAAUCCUUUUAACACAGCUAGAUCUUAUUCACACAAAACAAAAACUUUCAAAAAUGUCAGUAAUGAUUCAUUUAAACAAACCUCAGUACCCCCUGUCAUAACAGGAACUGAUUUUGCUGAAAAGUCUCAAAGUUCGGAUAAAAAAGAAACGGCAUCCUUCGGCAAACUUUUACAACAAGUUGGAGCCAAAGGAGAAAAUAAAUGGGUUCAGCUUUGCUUAGUUCUGUCUGGAUUUAUGUUGUUUGGAUUGUCCAUCGGCCAUAUUGUUUUGUCAAUUAUCCAAUGGCUAAAAGAAAGUCGCAAAUAAAAAUGGCUUUAAUAAUCACACCAGGUCGCGAGAAACAGCUUUAGCUCUAAGUACUACAAUAUACUAUAAUUGGUCAUUAACAACUGUGUCCUUUGAUGAUAUACUUUAUAUUCACUUCCUUGUUCUCUUGGAAAUUAUUUUGCUUAAAUUAAUUAGCAUUAAUGACUUCCUUUGUUGAAUAUUUGGCACAUAACUGAAUAAAAUGAUUUAUCUGCAUCUGAUUGAA